CUCUCUUGGUUGCACUCUGGUCUCUGCUUGUUCUGAUUCGACCAUAAAGAGCCGGUCACGACAUUAAGAGAGAGGCGGACGCUGAGGUGCUGGUCAGUCUGAAGAAGGCAUGACAAGGUGCGGAGCCCUGAACCCAUUCAGGAGGUGUGUGUCAUCUUGUGGAUGCAAUAACAGUGUCAUGGCUGCUUUCAAGGGAGUUUGGACUCAGGAAUUCUGGCAAGCGGUUUCUGGGGAGUUCCUUGCCAUGUUAAUAUUUGUGCUACUCAGUCUGGGUUCCACUAUCAACUGGGCAGCAAAAGAGGAGAACCCUCCACCCCCCAACCUUGUCCUCAUCUCUCUCUGCUUUGGCUUGUCCAUCGCAACCCUCAUCCAGUGUUUCGGGCAUAUCAGUGGUGCCCAUAUCAACCCGGCUGUUACUGCAGCAAUGGUUGCCACACGGAAGCUGAGCCUGGCAAAGGGUGUGUUUUAUUUGUUGGCACAGUGCCUGGGAGCAGUGGUGGGGGCGGCAGUUUUGUAUGGGGUGACCCCAGCAGCAGUCAGAGGAGGACUGGGGGUGACUUCUGUCAAUGUUGGAAUCUCCUCUGGUCAUGCAAUUGUGAUUGAACUCAUAAUCACUUUUGAGCUCGUCUUCACCGUCUUUGCCACCUGUGACCUCAAACGCAGUGAUCUCAAAGGUUCGUCAGCAUUGGCUAUUGGCCUUUCAGUGUGCAUCGGCCAUCUGUUCGCUAUCCCAUACACUGGGGCCAGUAUGAAUCCAGCUCGCUCUUUUGGUCCUGCAGUCAUCAUGGGAAAGUGGAGUGACCAUUGGGUGUAUUGGGUGGGCCCUUUAAUAGGGGGUGUUCUUGCCGCUACUGUGUAUGAAUAUUUGUUUUGUCCCGACCCUGACCUGAAGCAUCACUAUGCCAAAGUCCUUUCAAAGGGCCCCUUUCAGAUCGACCAAUAUCGGGUUGCGGACACAGAUGCUUUCCCCAAUGAUCAAGCUCAGCUUAUGGUCAAGCAGGCAACAAUCAGAGUGCUGGACAUGGAGAGGGCGGAGAAGAAGGAGAGAGAGUCAGCCGGAGAGGUGCUUUCAUCUGUAUGACUAUUGAGAGGCACUGAGGAGAAACACCAGAAAAAUUACGGCAAUAACCAUCUCAAAGAGACAGAUCUGAUCUAGAUUCACUGUGUGAGUUUGUUAAUACUUCUGAUACAAAAUUACACUCGAAACUCUUCACUUUAUAGACAAAGAAUGAGCUAAGAACCCCCUAAUGGUUUGACUUAUUACACACCUCUUUUGACCACUUAAAGGGAUUUUUA